AUGUUGCGCACGACCUUAUCUCGCUCCGGCGUGCGAGCGUCGUUGCUCGGUCGACCCCUCGCCGUUAACCCCGUCGCGGCUCCUGUUCGCUCCUUCACGACCUCGAAUCGUCGCCAAGAGGACCUGAGCAAGAACCCCAUCAUCGCGCCUGCGGACCAGGUCGACAUCUCGUCUCAGUUCAAGCACAUCCAGACCAAGGACGGCACCUCCGCCGCUUCCGACCUCGCCAGGCGCUUGUCUCAGGCCGUCCUGCCCAAGUUGGAACGGCCCGAUGUCAAAAAGGUGCUCAUCGUCGGGUCAGGUGGACUGUCGAUCGGACAGGCCGGUGAAUUCGAUUACUCCGGUCCGUCGUCCUCCUUGAUCGUCACGCGGAGAAGAUGGGACGGUGAGCUCAUCUAUCUGGCUUUCCAUGCCUCACAGGUGCACAAGCGAUCAAGGCGAUGAAGGAGUCCAACGUCGAGACGAUUCUCAUCAACCCCAACAUCGCCACAAUCCAGACCUCGCAUCAAAUGGCCUCCGAGGUCUACUUCCUUCCCAUCACCGCCGAAUACGUCUCGUACAUCCUCGAACGAGAGCGCCCCGACGGUAUCCUCCUGACCUUCGGUGGUCAGACCGCGCUCAACGUCGGUAUCCAGCUUGACAAGAUGGGUAUCUUUGAUCGACUCGGCGUCAAGGUCCUUGGCACGCAGAUCAGGACCCUGGAAGUUUCGGAGGAUCGUGACUUGUUCUGCAAGGCUCUCGAGGGUCUGUUGUUCAUCUUUCCAGCACAUUUUCCUGGAUAGGUCGCUCAUGCUCUCGCGAGUUGAUAUUCAACAGAAAUCGGCAUUCCCGCCGCUCACUCGACGGCCGUCUCGACCGUCAAGGAUGCCCUCGCCGCCGCCGAGGACAUCGGCUACCCUGUCAUCUUGCGUUCGGCCUUCUCACUCGGUGGUCUGGGAUCGGGCUUUGCCGAGAACGAGGAUGAGUUGCGCGACUUGUCCGCCAAGUCCCUGUCGCUCUCGCCGCAGGUCUUGAUUGAGAAGUCCCUCAAGGGCUGGAAGGAACUUGAGUACGAGGUCGUGCGUGAUGCUGCCGACAACGUCAUCAUUUGCUGCAACAUGGAGGUGAAUUGGGAAGACAAGUGGCGUUCAAGCCAUCAGCUGUCGCUGACCAGGGGUGGUAUUAUACAGAACUUUGAUCCUCUCGGCACACACACCGGUGACUCGAUCGUCAUUGCUCCCUCUCAAACUCUUUCUGAUGUGAGUUUGACCCCCACGAUUGGUCUGAUGCGGCUCGAUCGCGUUUACUGAUCUCGUCGAUAUCUUUGCAGGACGAAUACCAUAUGCUCCGCUCGGCGGCGAUCAAGAUCGUCCGCCACGUAGGAGUUGUCGGCGAGUGCAACGUUCAGUACGCGCUCAACCCCAACAAGCGCGAAUACAUGGUCAUCGAGAUGAACGCUCGUCUCUCUCGUUCAUCGGCCCUUGCCUCCAAGGCAACCGGGUACCCGCUCGCCUACACCGCUGCCAAGAUCGCGCUCGGCCACACCUUGCCCGAGCUGCCGAACGCCGUCACCAAGACGACGACGGCUUGCUUCGAACCGUCGCUCGACUACAUCGUCACCAAGAUCCCCAAGUGGGACUUGGCCAAGUUCCAGUACGUCAACCGCGAGGUCGGCUCGUCGAUGAAGUCCGUUGGUGAAGUCAUGGCCAUCGGUCGAACGUUCGAAGAGUCUCUGCAAAAGGCCAUCCGUCAGGUCGACCCCCGCUACGCCGGUUUCGAGGCCUACUUCCAACCCGAGGACAUUGACCACGCCUUGUCGGUCCCGACCGACCAACGCCUGUUCGCCAUCGCCCACGCGAUGCUCAACCUCAACUACACGGUCGAGAAGAUCCACGAACUCACCAAGAUCGACAACUGGUUCCUCUACAAACUCGACAACAUCGUCCAGACCUACCGUCAGCUCCAGGGCACGUCGACGCUCUCGGAGCUUUCGCACGACCUGAUGAAGGAGGCCAAGCGCAUGGGUUUCUCGGACCGCCACAUCUCGCAGCUUUUGCCCGAAAACGUCACCGAGGACCAAGUCCGCGCGCACCGCAAGUCGCUCGGCAUCACGCCCUUCGUCAAGCGUAUCGACACCCUUGCCGCCGAAUACCCCGCCCACACCAACUACCUCUACACGACCUACAACGCUUCCGAGCACGACAUCACUUUUGGCGACAACGGCACGAUGGUACUCGGUUCGGGUGUGUACCGCAUCGGCUCGUCCGUCGAAUUCGAUUGGUGCGCCGUUAGUUGCGCGCGCAAGGUUCGCGAGAUGGGCAAGAAGACGGUCAUGAUCAACUACAACCCUGAGACGGUCUCUACCGACUUUGACGAAGCCGACCGCCUUUACUUUGAAGAGUUGGGCUGGGAGCGCGUGAUGGACAUUUACGAACUCGAAGGCUCCGAGGGUGUAAUCGUCUCCGUCGGUGGACAGCUGCCGCAGAACAUCGCGCUCCGACUCAAGGAGACGGGCGUGCAGGUCCUCGGUACCGACCCGGAGAUGAUCGACAACGCUGAGGACCGACACAAGUUUUCGGCCAUUCUCGAUGCCAACGGGAUCGAUCAGCCCGACUGGACCGAAGCCAGCUCCGUCGAGGCCGCCAAGGAGUUUGCCAACAAGGUCGGCUACCCCGUCUUGAUCCGUCCCUCUUACGUCCUGUCCGGUGCCGCCAUGAAUGUCGUAUGGAACGAAUCGACGCUCGAGCAUUCGCUCACAGCUGCCGCUGAAGUAUCGUCCGAAUACCCGACCGUCAUCACCAAGUUCAUCGACUCCGCCCAGGAGAUCGACAUCGACGCCGUUGCCUACAAGGGCGAAUUGCUCGUCCAUGCUGUCUCGGAACAUGUCGAGAACGCUGGUGUCCACUCUGGUGAUGCCACGCUCGUCCUGCCUCCGUUCUCGCUCGUCGAAGAUGACUUUGCCCGCCUGAAGGAGAUCGCACAGAAGGUCGCCAAGGCGUUCGAGAUCUCGGGUCCCUUCAACAUGCAAAUCAUCCGCAAGGCCUCUGACGACCACUCGACGGUACUCAAGGUCAUUGAGUGCAACUUGCGCGCCUCGCGUUCGUUCCCCUUCGUGUCCAAGGUCCUCGGUGUCAACUUUAUCGAUAUCGCCACCGCCGCCAUCGUCGGUGAGAACGUCCCCGCCCCCGUCGACUUGAUGCAGCAGAAGCGUGAUUACGUCGCGAUCAAGGUCCCUCAAUUCUCCUGGACUCGUCUUGCCGGUGCCGAUCCUUACCUCGGAGUCGAGAUGGCUUCGACGGGUGAAGUCGCCGCGUUCGGUGUCGACGUUCACGAAGCGUACUGGGCCUCGUUGACUUCGACAAACGCUUUCCGCGUCCCCCCUCCCGAAUCCGGUGUCUUGAUCGGUGGUGACAUCUCCAAGCCCCAGAUGGCGACCGUCGCCAAGGGCCUGAUCGACCUCGGCUUCAAGCUCUACUGCUCGUCGCCCGUCGUCGAGGAAUACCUUAACUCGCUGCCUUAUCUCGGCAAGGUCGAGCGCAUCGCGAUCCCAUUGAAGGACAAGCGUCGCUUGCAACUCGUCUUUGAGAAGUACGACAUCCAGUGCGUCGUCAACUUGGCCUCGUCGAGGGGCAAGAACACCGUCGACGAGGACUACGUCGCUCGUCGCAACGCCGUCGAUUUCGGUAUUCCCUGCUUGAACAACCCUUUGUUGGCGCAACUCUUUGUCGAGGCUUAUGGCAAGAAGUUGAGGAAGGGCGAAUUGGAAGGCUACGUCGAAGGUCGCGUGCCGAACGAGGUCAAGCCGUGGAGUCAUUUCAUCGGUGGUCGAUUGUAA